AUGCAGGUAUGCUCCACUUUUAAAUUAUGUCCGUGCGCUGGUGUGGGGGUGGUUCUCACCUUCGAACUCAUCGUCUACGCCUCACCAUCACUUGGCUAUUACCAACACCAAGUCAACAUCACAGUCAUUGCGUACUUCCACACCAUGGCGCCGGUAUUGCCCAUCUCUGAUGCUUCAGCACCUUCCUCCCCUCGAACCGGAUUCUUCGAUUUGAGUGCCGAACUUCGAAACAGGAUCUACUCCCACCUCCUCGAAGACACUCGGGAGAUAAAUCUGUGGCACGCCCGCGGCGCGAUGGAUUCCCCCGCUCGCAUUAGACGCAAUCCCCAUCACCGCCGAUACCUUUCAGUCCAUCCGCAGAUCCUCUCCACAUGCAAGCAAAUCCACAACGAAGCCACGCCCAUGUUGUAUGGGAGCAACAGGUUCUCCGUCUUUGAGCCCUCGGACGCCGUCAAGUUUUUUGUACAGAUCCGCGGGUCUGUUCAAUACAUUCGACACCUUGGCGUAGAGAUCGAGGCACCUUUCCGACUCGGAAUUCCCUUCGCGCAGGACGAUUUCGUAGCCUUGUUCGGACGUCUGGAGUCUGCCGAAGCGCUGGUGACGCUCACAUUGCCAGGUUCAAUUCGAGCAGGGUUCUCAUCGGCCAAGCUUGCGAAGUUGCUAGGCGGGAUGUAUCGGUCUCGGGCAGAGUGGAUGGGCCGCGAGUAUGAUGCGGCGGAGUUGGCCAGAAUGGUCAAGUUCGAGACGAAGGUCGAGUACUUCAAAAACCGCAAGCAUGUUUGGCGAGGGGAGGAUGAGAAGGCUCAGCGGUUCGGACGGCGCGUACACGACAGGAUCAUCAAGAUUGGUGGCUGA